ACCGUUAGCGGGUGCAUUGUGACCGUUCUGGUCCUCGCUUUGUCGUGUCUUCCAAUAUCACGCAACUGGUCUUUCAACCCGGAAAAUAUAUGCCCAUCGAUACGGACUUUUCAGAUCUUGUGGUCUGUCCAUUUUGUGUCCGACGUCUUGAGUAUGGACGCAUCCUCUCCAACACACCACGCUGUGGACGAACAGACUCUGACCAAGAACCCAGUUUUUAUUCUGCCCUUUCCGGUUCUGCGGCAGGGCAAACAAAUGGCGAGGUCGGUCAAGGUCAGCCUCUACGUCACGUUUGGCCUUGGUAUUAUCGACAUCGGCGUCUGUUUGGGGCUGCGCUUCCUCCUGGUCCAGCUGACUCUGUCGACCAUCACCUUGGCGGCUUUGAAUGUGGUCCCGGGGGCUCAUCACUUUGAAUCUAUAGGCAGCAUGCGCAGAUACUCCUCGCGAGUUGAACAGCAUGGUAACUCGACCUUUAGUCCGAACGCCGAGGUCGAGCGAGACCCAUAUCUGGUACCAAAAGCCGAGUGGAUCCUGCGCGACGAAGAGGAAACGAGAUUGGGCUUCGCUACGCGUCAGGUGUUGCUACGUACAUUCCAGGAACGGUGCUCCCGGAAACCUACGUACAGCGUCGUACUGACCAUCGCCAGAGGGCAACAUCGACGAGGCACCGUACAACACCUCGAUCAGAUUCAGCGGUUGCACCGUGUGACGGGUGAUGCGGGCGGCACCGACGGCGGCAGCCUUGGUCAAGCCGACCCGGGUCGGCCGGGAGGAGAUCGAGUUUCAUCUAUGCCGGCUUCAGAAAUGCUACAGCCCGUUGCCAAGUUCUUGUCGAAGAGCCGCCGCGGCGUUUCUCAGGACGGGAGCGGCCGCCGAGUCUUGACAUCGGCACGGGGCUUACAAUUCUAG